GAGUAGGAUGCGGUGUUUGACGCAUGCGUGUUUGGAAAGGGGUUUCUACGCUUUCGUAGGUCACCUGUGUACGAUGUCUAAGGAGAAAGUAGAGAUUCCAGGCCCACCUACAUCAAAAUGCAUUCUGUAUUGGAAAAGGAAGGUCAAGUCAGAAUACAUGCGUCUUAGGCAACUCAAGAGACUUCAGGCAAACAUGGGAGCUAAGGCUUUAUUUGUGUCUAACUACACAAAGAUUCAGGAAAAGAUAAACAUCCUAAACGAUGACUGGAAGAAGCUUAGAGUUCAGCCUAUUCAGUCUAUGAAGCUGGUUGGAGGAAACCCUUUUCUCAAACAGUGCACAGUCGAGAGCACCUUCCCCACUUUGAGCACCCAGACUUUGUUCAUGCGGACUCUAAACACUGUAGCCCUGGUGCCUAUCAUGUAUUCCUGGUCUCCACUCCAGCAGAACUUUAUGGUGGAGGAUGAAACCGUUUUGUGCAACAUCCCAUAUAUGGGAGAUGAGGUAAAAGAAGAGGAUGAAACCUUCAUCGAGGAGCUCAUUAACAACUAUGACGGCAAAGUCCAUGGAGAAGAAGAGAUGCUUCCAGGUUCUGUCCUGAUCAGUGAUGCUGUUUUCCUGGAGUUGGUAGAUGCAUUAAACCAGUACUCUGAGGAGGAAGAUGACGGGCAUGAUACUGUAGAAGGCAAACAAGAUGUUGUGAAGGAUGAACUGCCUGUCACCCGGAAGAGGAAACGGCUUACCUUGGAAAGUAACAAGAAAUGUUCAAAGAAGCACUUUCCAAAUGACAUGAUCUUUACUGCUCUUUCAUCCAUGUUCCCUGAGAAUGGUUUUCCAGAGGAUAUGAAAGAAAGAUACAGGGAGCUGACAGAAGAAUCUGACAUGAAUGUGCUCCCUCCCCAGUGCACACCAAAUAUCGAUGGGCCGUGUGCCAAAUCUGUUCAGCGUGAGCAGGCUCUGCAUUCCUUUCACACGCUUUUUUGCAGGCGCUGUUUCAAGUAUGACUGUUUCCUCCAUCCUUUUCAUGCAACCCCCAACGUUUAUAAGCGGAAAAACAGGGAGACCAAAAUUGAGAUGGAGCCUUGUGGACCAGACUGCUUCUUGUGGUUGGAGGGAGCCAAAGAGUUUGCCAUACUGCACAACCCUCGGUCAAAGUGCUCUGGACGGCGACGGCGCAGGCACCCCACUCUCAAUGCCACCACCUCCACCGGUGCGUCAGCCUCUACAAGUGCUGAAGCAAAAGAGGGCGAUAGUGACAGAGAUACAGGCAAUGACUGGGCAUCCAGUUCCUCAGAGGCAAACUCACGUUGCCAAACUCCAACCAAGCCGAAGCUGAGCCCAUCCUCUUCCCAGCCCUUCAUGUCUGAUGUGCCUCUGGAACCUGUGGAGUGGUCAGGGGCAGAGGAGUCCCUCUUCCGUGUUUUCCAUGGGACUUACUUCAAUAACUUCUGCUCCAUUGCUCGGCUUCUGGGAACCAAGACGUGCAAGCAGGUCUUUCAGUUUGCUGUAAAGGAGUCCUUGAUAACAAAGCUACCAGUUAAUGAGCUCUUGAAUCCCUCCCAGAAAAAGAAAAGGAAGCACAGGCUCUGGGCUGCUCACUGCAGGAAGAUCCAGCUUAAGAAAGACAAUUCAUCCACUCAGGUGUACAACUACCAGCCCUGUGACCAUCCAGACCACCCUUGUGACAGCUCCUGUCCUUGCAUCGUGACACAGAAUUUUUGUGAGAAAUUCUGCCAGUGCAAUCCUGACUGCCAGAACCGGUUCCCUGGCUGCCGGUGCAAGACUCAGUGCAACACCAAGCAGUGCCCCUGCUAUCUGGCCGUGCGGGAAUGUGAUCCAGACCUCUGCCUGACCUGUGGGGCAUCCGAGCACUGGGACUCCAAGGUGGUUUCCUGCAAGAACUGCAGCAUCCAGCGGGGUCUCAAGAAGCACUUGCUGCUGGCCCCAUCAGACGUUGCUGGGUGGGGAACCUUCAUUAAGGAGGCCGUGCAGAAGAACGAAUUUAUCUCUGAAUACUGCGGAGAGCUCAUCUCUCAAGAUGAGGCUGACCGGCGUGGCAAGGUCUAUGACAAGUACAUGUCCAGCUUCCUCUUCAACCUCAAUAAUGAUUUCGUUGUUGAUGCCACUCGUAAAGGCAACAAAAUCCGCUUUGCAAACCACUCCGUCAAUCCAAACUGCUACGCCAAAGUGGUGAUGGUGAAUGGAGAUCACCGCAUUGGUAUCUUUGCCAAGAGAGCAAUCCAGGCAGGCGAAGAGCUCUUUUUUGAUUACAGGUAUAGCCAAGCAGAUGCCCUCAAGUAUGUUGGCAUAGAAAGAGAAACUGACAUCAUCUAACUGAAAUUACUGGUUCUCAGCGCUCCCAGCCAGUAUCACUGCAUCCUAUCCAUGCUGCUUCCUUUGUUGCUAUGUGUUAUGAGAGCUUCAUUCCACCUGGAUUCCUCUUUAUAGAAAGGAAAGGCCCAGCUCUUUCUAUGGACUUGAGACUCUGGUUCCAAGGCCACCCGACUGGCAGCUAGCAGUGCCAUGGAGAAUUCUGCUGAAUUACUGUUGGGAGAAAAAGGAAGAGGCCCUGAAAAAGCAAAGUGGUUUAAGACCACUAUGUAUGCUGGGGCUUGCUAAUCUAUUUGAUUCAUUGGUUUAAAAAAAUGGUUUGAGCUGAAGAAAGUAUUUAUUUGCUCUGGCUGCAGGCAAAAGUAGAACAGAGCGCAUCCCAACACAAACAUCACCUGCAGAGAAAAUCAUAAAUUAUUAUACAGAGGCUUGGGGGGCAAGGCUGGGAACAGAGAUAAAAGAAGAGUAUUAAAAAGAAUGGAAUGAGUAUUUCUGAUUAGUGAAAGGAAUCAAGUGGAGGGAGGGAAAUGUGCAGGGAGAGUAAGGAAGAAGCAUUAGAAGUAAGGCAUAGAAUCCUUUUGCUCCGUUUUCAGUCUUCCAUGAAAGUGUAAAUCUCCUUUCUGGUGUCUGCUGAAUGUCAGCUUGGCACCUUAAUACAUUUGGAGGACAAUAAACUGGGAAAGUCAAUUUCUUUUCUCUCCUACUUAGAUUUGAUUCCCAAUCUUCUUCUCAAUUUCAUGUACAGAAUGUUUUGGAUCCCAGAAGGAACCUGCAUCACUUUUGAUCCCAGUUCUCUUCAGUAAAGCUUCUUUAAGCCACUGAUGUUUUAUGGUGAUGCACUGGCACUGUUUUGAGAAAUUAAUUUUCCUGAUGGGUAACAUUUGCCCCAAGCCUCUGUAAUUCAUUCCCUUCAGUCAGUGACUUGUUAUGAUACUGUCUAAUCCUCUAUCUUCUCUCCUUCCUCUGUGGAACCUUGGGCUUCAUACUGAGCACUUCCAGUAAUGAAUUAAUAUUAUUUCUCAGUUAGUUGAGAGACUCACAUGGUUUAGAUCUUUCCUUAAAACAUCAAACAUUUUUUGAAGCCACAGGAGGUAUCCUUGAUGCACAUAUGGAAGCAGGAGAGUUGGGUGCAUGUGACCCAGGAGAGUAGAGUCUUUUGAAGAGCAAUUAAUUCAUCACCCACUCUCAAAAUCGGUUCCCCUCCCCAUCUAUUUAUGUCCGAAACAAUCAAUUAGCAUGCACUUUAGAAUGAUUCGCUCCAUCAAGUCAGGGAACUAGGCUCCCUGUGGAUUAUAGGGAGUGAAAACUGAUUCCAUUUCUACUCCAUGGUGUGGAUUACUGUAGGAGCCAGAAACUGACUUCCUCAUAAGUUGAUACAUGAGAGAGACAAAUCAGUCAUAAAAACUGGUUUAUUAUACUGAUAAGAGUAUUUGUUGGUGCCAGCAGUAGAUUGGAUCUACUAAAUGGGUAAGUCCUAUAAUUUGACAUGGUAACAGCAGUGUUAGUCUUGGAGAAGAGAAGGAAGACAGAAAUGUAGUUUAUGGAACUAGGCAGGGUGUGAGUAGGAAGAGGUAUACAGAAUCAUCGUUAGCUACACAAAGAGCAUUAUUUGGCCUAAGAAGGAUUUUCAGUUGCUUCUGAUCAUGGUAGCCACAUAACUGUAAAAGUGUUAGCACUUCUACAUACAACAUUCCACCUGUUCAUUGGCAAAAUCCUUUCCUGGGCCAAAAGUGAGCCUGGAACAGAUGAAACAAUACUAAAUGGUAUAGCUGAGCAUAUGUAGAGUGCCUUUACUACUGGCUAAUUACAGCCUGGUCUCUGCCAUUUGGGAAAGAGCUUCUGGGAAUGAGUAUACAAAUGUGGGGGAACAUAGUGUUCCACAGCCUCUCUCAGAAAUUAAUCAAAGAAUUCAGUGGCAGCAGCUAGCCCUCCACUACCCUUUGUACUACUGCUUCGCCUUUUCUAGCUGCUUAAUAAUUGUGAGAAAAACAUCUGCUUCGUGUAAUUUGUAUCCAGUAUGAGUGAAACUUAAUGGUUUGGAGCAUUUCUAAGUAAUGAAAUUAAUUUUGGUGUGAGAAAAGGAUGCCAUAUAAUUGCUGGGUUUAGUUUGCCUUCUUUACUACAAGCCAUUUUCUUGUCUCUUGCAGCUCCUAGUGUGGUGCAUUCCGGAGGUGCAAUUUAAAGUUGGAAUGCCGUAUUAUUGUCUGGGAAAGCUGUCUGCCUGCUUCCUCAAGAAGUGGGCUUAAGCACGUGGUUGGGUUAGAAAUGUUAAGUCUUUUCAAGGGGACAGAGUACUGUAAGAGACAUUGAUUUCUGGGAGAAAGUAGUUUGAGGGAUGGUAUGAAAGAUGGUAGUGGGAUUUUUGUUCAAUUAAGAGUCAUGUUCUUAGUUUAUAUCUUGAAUUGGGAAGGAGAGGGAACAGCCAAGGUGCCUAGUUAGCUACUGGGGUCAUAGCUCAGUAAUGCAGCUGAACUGCCUACGGCACAGUUGUAACCAGCCUUAUUGCUCAGCUGUUGUCUAGCAUCCAUACAGUGUAGGUACAGGAAGGGGUAGAGGGACUCUCGUUCAUGUGGACCUGCAGGCCAAUAGAUAGUUGUGGCAAUCGUGUGAGAAGGAGGACUGUUACCAUAUAAUUUGGCCAGUGGGUUGUAGUGCCAAUCCUGGUUGAUCAAGCAACUUUCUGAAAGGUAUCCAGUGCAGAAGCAGUCACAGUCUUAAAGUGAUGCAGGCUUAAUGUUUUUAUCGGGCUAGGCCUGCAAUAGUGGGCGUUCCGUGGGGUUGCCUGUGUUUGCAUCUUGACUCAGAAGCGCUGGCUGGUCUUUCAGCUGAUGGACGUUUAGACCUCACCUCCGUACUGCAUAACAUAAUCUUUGGUAACAAGCCUGUAUUGCUUGGCACUUUUGAGACACAACAAGGAGUGUCACUGCAGCUGCAGAAGAUGCCAGCUAUCUACAUAGCGGCAAAAGCAUUUAUGCUUCCCCCACCUUAUACUUCACUGAACGGCUCUUCCUCUAGGCAUGGUGGUUCAGAGCCAGCAGCUGCAUGGCACCUCUGUCUUCUCAUUGCUUGUGACUCUUGGCUUUGCUGCUGGCAACUUACGUGCACUUUAUAUUAUGGCUUGUAAAAGUUUGUCUUAAUAAAGGUGUAGUGAUUGCUAAAUGAA